AUGCCCGGGCGCCGGCGCCUUCCAGCGGGGUCGCGGACCGACCUCCCGCCAUUGAAGAUCAUCCGCAAGAUUCUAUUGCUGCAGGUUGCCUAUUAUGCCUGCGCCACGGUACUCAUCCUGUUCACAACGGUCGUAUACGGUGCGCCGUUCUCGCUAGACCUGAUCUUCGGAUGGGAUUAUUUGAGAGGAGAUACGACGGUUGGAUGGAUGUUAGGACUGGUUUGGAUGUUGAACUGCUUCAUUAGCGUGAUUUUCCUACUGCUUUUCGUUUCCCGAUCAAAGCUUGUUCCCGACUUCGCCCUUACGCUUCACUUCAUUCACCUCGUUGCCACCAUCCUCUACACGCACUCUCUCCCCGCAAACCUACUCUGGUGGGGCCUCCAGUGCGCCAGCGCCUCGUUGAUGACCUUUGGAGGUAUGUGGGCUUGCCAGCACCGCGAAUUGAAACCGAUUGCCUUUGGCGGUCUUGGCGGAAGCAGCCAAACAGGUUCAUCUUCACAACAGGCUUCGGAUGGCCAAGCCGAGUCCAGCUUCGGACGUGGUCGCGGCCGAGAGCGCAGUCUUCAGGAGUACGAAAUGGAUGAGAUGAAGGCAACUGGCGAGCACGCUGUAUGA